UAACUUGGUAAACUAUAUUUCAGAGUAGCUUUCCACACAAUGCCUGGGAGAUGGUUUAUUGUAAAGGCCAAAGUACAAGUAGUAACAUUGCUCUACAAAGGGGGUGUGGUCUAUGCACAUCAGUCUUAGUAAAAACUCCAGCAAUGUUCUAGGCCUUUCUUAUCGAGGGUGAGAUGAUAUAAAGGCAGAGAAAAGCAAUUCUGGUCAUUUGUCUGAAAAAGCUCUCAACAUGAAAAAGCAUUCCACCAGUCUGAGGGUGAGACUGCCUGUCCUGGUGCUGGUCCUGGAGGUUCUCCUCCUAUCUCUCUACACUGCCUUUGUCACCUAUGACAAUGAUGCUAAUGCUAAACUGCAGAACAAUGAGACCAAACCCAUGGACAACGCACUGUACCGAGAUUACCCAUACUUUGCUGACAUUCAGGUGAUGAUAUUCAUUGGAUUUGGGUGCCUUCUGGCCUUCUUCCGUCUCUACGGCUUCAGUGGAAUGGUCUUCAAUUUCCUGACGGCCACCUUCGCCAUCCAGUGGGCCAUCCUGGUACAGGGCUACUUCCAGUUCAGCCAUGCUGGGAAGAUCCACCUGGGGGUCAUCAACCUGAUCAAUGCUGAGUUUGCCUGUGCCGUGGUGCUCAUUUCCUUCGGGGCUGUCCUGGGAAAGACCAGCCCAGUGCAGCUCCUAGUCAUGGCCCUGCUGGAGGUCCCAGUGUUCUCAGUCAAUGAAUGGGCCGUGCUCAAGUACCUGAGGAUCAACGAUGCAGGGGGAUCGAUCCUCAUCCACCUGUUUGCCUGCUAUUUCGGCCUGGGUGCAACAUUUGUCCUGUACAGGCCACGUCUGAACGAGGGUCACGCCAAGGAGAACACCAGCUACCAGUCAGACAUCCUGUCAGUUAUGGGCACCCUGUUCCUCUGGGUGUUCUGGCCCUCCUUUAACUCGGCUCUAACCCUGAAGGGAGACGACCAGCACAGGGCCAUCCUGCACACCUUCAUAGGCCUCAGCUCCUCCACCCUCACCGCCUUCGCCCUCUCUGCCAUGCUCAACAAGAAUGGCAAGAUUACAAUGGCCGACAUCCAGAACGUGACCCUGGCGGGCGGGGUGACAGUGGGGGCGUCGGUGGACAUGAUGAUCUCUCCUGCGGCUGCGUACGCACUGGGUGUGAUGGGCUGCAUCGCCUGCAUGCUGGGAUACAAGUACCUCAGCCCCUUCCUGGCCCGCCACCUCCGGAUCCAGGACCAGUGUGGUAUCCACAACCUGCAUGGCCUCACAGGACUCAUAUCCUGUGCCGCAGGGAUAUGUGCCAUCCUGACAGCCACUGAGGAGGUGUAUGGACCCAGCAUGUAUGAGAUCUUUAGCCACAGGGCACCUAUGGAAGGAGAUCCUAAGCUUCUAGAGCUCCAGGAGUUGAUCCCUGGUCUGCAGCCAGGUCUGGGGCGCAGUGCCAGGGAACAGGCCCUCUACCAGAUGGCAGCUGUGUUCUCCACUAUGGGAGUGGCAACACUAGGGGGCAUAUUGACAGGCUUUGUGUUGAAGCUGCCGUAUCUUGCAUCACCCUCAGAUGACCUCUGCUUUGAUGAUGAGCUAUUUUUCAAUGUUCCGCCUCAUUAUGAUUGUCUGAUGGCCCUAAAUGGUCAAAUCAAAACUGAUGAUUCGACAGCAUCAUAGGGUGCUAGCUAUGCAUUUAGUUGUAUAAAUAAGUUUAAUGCUGAAUGACGGUAAAACAUUUAAAUUGAUUAGAUAAUCAUGCAGUUUAGCAAUAUAAUAAAUCCUCAUUCGUGGUUAAUGUACUCUGUGAUCCAUUUCUCUUUCUUGCACUUUUUUAUUUUACAUUCCCACAUGAGAGGUUUUAUGGACACAAACUUGGUUUUGUAACCAAAUUAACCAUUGGGUUUUUAUUUGUACUUAUUUUAAGAUGUUUUAGUAUGCAAGUCUAUGUCUCGCUGCUUAAUGAAAUCCAUUUGUCUAUUUUAGUGGUUUGUAAAAGUGCGUCAUCUCAUACUGACUACAGUAGCCUCACACACCUGACUGUUAAAUGUAUUGAGGUCAGAGGGCUUUUGUUUUCAAGUGUGGUACAACAUUGGUAAUUUUAUGUCAAAUGACCUGAGAAUGAAUACAAUUUUGCGGUUCGCAAAAAAAUUGCAAAUGUGGGCACUCAAACCACAUGAUUAUAUCAUUCAUACAAUGUAAAUUAACAUAAUACAGAAUAUUGACACAUCCACAUAAUACAGAAUAUUGACACUAAUUUGAUGACUCUAUUAAUAAAGGAGCUCUCAUUUUACAAUCCCA